AUGCUGAUAGCCGCUGCAGCGCGUGAGUGGCAACGCGAGUUGCGACAGGGAUCGGAGCUGGUCCGAAUCGGAAUCGAGACCGGAGGCACCGACCGGGUGGUGGGAAAGCAGGAUCCAGCAGACAGAGACGACGACGGAGCAGCAGCAGCAGCAGCGACCUGUCGUGACAAGCAGCCUUCGCUUGGGCUCUACAUUCCGACUGACAGCGCACGCGAUACGACGCCGAAAGCGGCUCAAGAGAUGAACAAGGCGAGCAUCAUGUGCGCUUUACAGUUGACGCAAGCUACGAGCGUCAGGGCGGCUACCGGCGCCGAGGAAGGACGGGCUAAAACUUAUGCGCUCGCCCUGCCCUCGCCUGCUGACCUGCUCAGCUGCCUGCCUGCCCGCAUUCUCGCCCGCGGUCUCACUAGUCAGAGUCACUCCGAGCUGCAGCCAGGCUCGACCCUCCACCGUUCAGCUUUGCCACCCCACCUUCAACCCCACCUUCACCAACCCGAUCCCCGACCAUCGCAGAUCGAUAUGGACCAGAAGGACAACGCCAAUCCGAUCGUGUACCAGUCGAGCGCGAGCGCCAACCAGCGACGUGCGCCGUCGAGUGCGGAUGCCGAAUGGUGGCGUGACCACUCGAUCCACUCGUCGGCCGCUUCCAUCCGCCCACCUUCUGCCAGCACCGGCACUGGCGCCAUCGCUUCCAGCUCUUCCAGCGCGGGAACCGCAUUUGGAUCCGGGCUUGCUUCGUCCUUCUCCCGAGCCACGAGGUCGACCCUCGACGAGGACGAUGAGGAGGACGAGGACGAAGAGGACGACCGCCAGGAAGGCGACGUGCAUGACAAGGAUGGUGAUGUGGCCAUGAGUGCCACACAGCAGCCAUCUGCAUCGCUCAAGGGCGACGAGAUUGACAGCCAGGAGAUCUACGACCUGAUUCGGUCGAUUACGGAUCCGGAGCAUCCGCUGACGCUGGAGCAGCUGGCGGUGGUGAAUGCGUCGCACAUUAGCGUUUCGCAGGGCGACCUUGCACGCAAUGCACUGCCGCACGUGCUGCUCGAGUUCACGCCGACGAUUCCGCACUGCAGUAUGGCAACGCUCAUCGGGUUGUCGCUGCGGGUGCGGCUGCUGCGUGCGCUUCCGGAGCGGUUCAAGGUGGACAUCCGUGUGCGUCCGGGCACGCACCAGAGCGAGAAUGCGGUCAACAAGCAGCUCAACGACAAGGAACGCGUGGCUGCGGCGCUGGAAAACUCGCACCUGUUCAACGUGGUGCAGGGCUGUCUGGCCAGUGCCGGUCGUCGUGGCAAGAGCGCCGAUGAACUCGCAGCGUACCUCAACACCCCUCCCUCGGCGGACGGUGCGGUGGAUCAGGACCAUGUGAAUAUCUGGAAGACCGUCGACGAGAUCACCACGCGCAUGGGUAUCGCCGUCUAA